AUGCCACGACGUGAUACUCGGUCAAAAUCGGUUCCGCCAUCCACCCGUAAAUCAACUCCAGGAGAUACAACAAAAUCCAACCAAGGGACGCCACAAACUACGCCCAACAAUGCAGCCGAACCGUCGAAAACAACGGCAUCAUCCCCUACCGUAGCUACACCGGCUCCUGGAUCGGGACUCUUCUCACAAAUGGCAGCAACGGCCGGUGGUGUAGCAAUUGGUUCCGUACUUGGCCGUGCAAUUGGAGGACUAUUUGAAAAAUCAUCCGAAACAAAGGAACAAAGAAGUAGUAUGGAUGCCGUAGAGAAGCCAAAAAUAUCAUCAGCUGAUUCGACCCCAGGCGCACCGGAAAACGACGACAGAUCGGUGGAGGAAUGCAAUAUGGAAAUUAAGCAAUUUUUUUCGUGCAUCGAUAAGGAAGUGGAUGCAAAGGUUUGCGAAGGUUUUAAGGAAGCGAUGAAGCAGUGCAAAGCUAAAGCUGCGUCGAGAAUAUCGUUGUUUGAUCACUUGUAG